GCGGAUGGCACCCCAGAGCCUCCUGGACUUCCCGCCCUCCAACCAGAGCCGGCCGGCGCCUCCCAACGCCACGUCCUGCGACGGAGCUCGGGAAGCCUGGGACCUGCUGCACCGCGCGUUGCCGACGUUCAUUGUGGCCGUCUGCCUCUGCGGCCUGCUGGGAAACCUUUUGGUGCUGUCCGUCUUCCUCCUGCCCCCGCGGCGGCGGCGUCUGAGCGCGGCAGAGAUCUACCUGGCCAACCUGGCGGCGUCGGACCUGGUGUUUGUCUUGGGCUUGCCCUUCUGGGCCGAGAACAUCCGGAACCAGUUCCACUGGCCCUUCGGGGCCGCGCUCUGCCGCGCCGUCAACGGCGUGAUCAAGGCCAACCUGUUCAUCAGCAUCUUCCUGGUGGUGGCCAUCAGCCAGGACCGCUACCACGUGCUGGUGCACCCCAUGGCCAGCCGGAGGCAGCGGCGGCGGCGGCUGGCCCGGGUCACCUGCGUGCUCAUCUGGGUCUUGGGGGGUCUCCUGAGCGUCCCCACGUUCCUGCUGCGCUCCGUCGAAGUCGUCCCGGAACUGAACAUCUCGGCCUGCGUGCUGCUGCUCCCCCACGAGGGCUGGCACUUGGUGAGGAUGGUGGAGCUCAAUGUGCUGGGGUUCCUCCUGCCGCUGGCCGCCAUCGUCUUCUUCAACUACCACAUCCUGGCCUCCCUGCGGGGGCGGGCGGAGGUCCGGAGGGUGAGCGGCGCGGGCCCCGCGGACGGCAAGACCACGGCCCUCAUCCUCACGCUCGUGGCCGCCUUCCUGGUCUGCUGGGCCCCCUACCACUUCUUCGCCUUCCUGGAGUUCCUGUUCCAGACGCGGGCCAUCCAGGGCUGCUUCUGGGACCACCUCACCGACCUGGGCCUGCAGUGGUCCAACUUCUUCGCGUUCACCAACAGCUGCCUGAACCCGGUGAUCUACGCCUUUGUGGGCCGGCUGUUCAGGACCAAGGCGCGGGAAUUGUACAAACAGUGCAGCCCGAGGCGCCUCCCGGCCGCGUCCUCGUCACACAGGAGAGAAACCUUCCAGCGAUUCUGGCGGAACUGA